GCGGCCCCGGCGGCUAGAGCGUCGCCUCCAGCUCGUAUGCUCGGCGGCCCCGGCGGCUAGAGCGUCCUCCUCCCGGGGAGCCGCGUGUGACCUUCCCGCCCGCGGACCGAUGCUGCCGCCGGCCGCUCGCCCCCUUUGGGGGUCGUGUCUGAGGCUUCGCGGCGCUGCGCUCCGUCUCGCCAGGCAACAGGUGCCCCGCGUCUGCGCCGUGCGGCUGAUGAGAUGCAGCAGCCAUCGGAUGGGGGAGGCCCUCGCCGGUGCACCCCUGGAUAACGCCCCCAAAGAGUAUCCCCCCAAGAUCCAGCAGCUGGUCCAGGACAUCGCCAGCCUCACACUCCUGGAGAUCUCAGACCUCAACGAGCUCCUGAAGAAAACACUGAAGAUCCAGGAUGUUGGACUCAUGCCGAUGGGUGGCGCGAUGCCCGGUGCUGCCCCUGCCGCAGCAGCCCCUGAGGCAGUAGAAGAAGAGAUCCCCAAACAGAAAGAACGGACACAUUUCACUGUCCGCCUAACGGAGGCAAAGCCCGUGGAUAAGGUGAAGCUGAUCAAGGAGAUCAAGAACUACAUCCCGGGCAUAAACCUCGUCCAGGCAAAGAAGCUGGUGGAGUCCCUGCCCCAGGAAAUUAAAGCCAACGUCGCCAAAGCAGAGGCAGAGAAGAUCAAGGCAGCCCUGGAGGCGGUGGGCGGCACCGUGGUUCUGGAGUAGGCCACUCUGAGGACUGGUGGACACGGGUCCCUGGGACCUGGGUGAGGCCCCACCCGCCGCACCCCAACAUCCGGGAUCUGCUCAGAACUGCGGCACUGGCACACCUUGGCCAACUCUGGAUGGACCUGCUGGGAUGGGGGCCGUGGCUCCUGUGUGAGCACCAGGGAGGUGGACUCUAGAACAUACCACGGUUAACAUGCACCCCCUGGUGGCCACUGAGAAAUAUACAUUGUUCGGGUGCGGUG